UGUCCCUCCAGGGCACCCAGCACAGCUUCCAGGACACGAAGAGGGAGACACCCAGAAGGACAAUGCCACAGAACGUCACGAUGACCGACAGCAGGCUCACGGAGAUGUCUGGAGAGAGUGAGGACAAAGGAGCACUUUUUGUGGACCUAGAGACCCUAGAGGAGACGCAGGCUCGGAGCCUGGGCAGACCUGUCAAAUCCUCGAAGCAGUAUCUGCGCCAGGUCAUUGCAGAAUACGAGGCGCUGGACCGAGAGCUCCCGUGCAUCCGCAAGUUCCCCAUGCCACCUGCUGCCCAGCCCCUCUGUCUGUGCAUGGAGACCUCACCCGAAGAGGACCUUACCCACCUGGAGGUGCUGGAGGCGCUGGAGGCCGAGUUACCCGGGGCCAUGGAGAGCGGGCGUGUGAGGAGCAUCCGCUUUGAGAACGUGAACGUCAUCUGUGGGACUGCUGGGCGCCGGGACCGGUGGCUCAUCACGGUCACGGACUUCCAGACUCGCUCGCGCCUACUGCGCUCGGGGCUCCGCCUCCGCGGGCUCCACCACCUUCUCGUGCGCAACGACGAACUGCUGCUGGGCGAUUACCGCCUGCACCUGCGCCGCUCCCUGGUCCGACGGCGCAUGCUCGAGGCUCUGGGGGCGGAGCCGACCGAGGAAGUCUGACGUUUUGGGGGCGGGCCCCGGCUGCGCCUGCGCACCGCCCAGCGGGCUCGGGCGACCCACCCGGAAUCCCGAAGGAAAGGGGCGUUGCCUUCCCAGGAAGGAGGCGGGGUCGGCUCGAGGGGGUGGAUACUGUGAGUUUAAUUAUAAAGAAUGACCUGGUACAAAAGCCAUUUCUCUCUGCAAAAUCCUGGUGGGGAGUCAGGGGGUGGGAGGUGAUGGGGGGUAGGGACGAACCUCCACGAUAUAAUCCCGCCUCCCAAAUCUUCCUCCAGUCCCUGGAAAUGGACACCUGGGUCCCAAUCCCUUGAGGGAUGAACUCUGAGGCCCGAGAGAGGGAAGACCCGGGCGCCGGGGCUUUGAACGCGUGCGAUCCUUGUCCCAGCGAGAACCAGACGUCCGCAUCCUCCCCCCUCCUCUUCCUCCUC